CUCACUCAGCACUGCUGCUCCUCUAUCAGUCACUCACUGGAGCCGAGCGGCGACCAGCGAAACCUGCAGCCGCCGGAGAAACACCAGGACCCGGGGAGCAGAGAGCCAGCCGCGCAGGGGCGGAGCGGGGCUGCAGACCAGCCGAGGCAUGGCAUCCAUCAACGGGGCGCGUAAGAAAGCCGCGGCGCGGAACCGAGCCGUGGAGAGGCGGAAUUUUAUCACGGUUUGCAGGUUCUCUGUGAAAACGCUGAUCGAUCGCUCCUGCUUUGAGACUAUAGACGACACGUCUCCGGAGUUCAUCAACUUUGUCUCCAUUCUGGAACAGAUACUCAGCCAUCGACUCAAAGGUCAGGUCAGUUGGUUUGGCUACGAGAGUCCACGUAGCUUCUGGGAUUAUGUGCGAGUGGCCUGUAGCAAAGUCCCUCACAGCUGCAUCCACAGCAUUGAGAGCAUGGAGAACGUCCGCAGCUCCAGAGCUAAGGGUCGUGCCUGGAUUAGAGUUGCUUUGAUGGAGAAGCGUCUGUCUGAAUAUAUGUCUGCUGCUUUGAGAGACUUCAAAACCACAAGGAGGUUUUAUGAUGAUGGAGCCAUAAUGCUGGGCGAGGAGGCGGGUCUGCUGGCGGAUACUCUGAUUGGUCUAAAUGCUAUUGAUUUCAGUUUCUGCCUGAAGGGCGAGGGUUUGGAUGGAAGCUAUCCUGCCGUCAUCGACUACACACCUUACCUCAAGUUUACACAAACCUCAGACAGCAUCAGCAGUGAUGAGGAGGAGAUGCGGACUCUGGGCAGCAGCGGCAGCGAGGCCAGCACACCUGAGGCCAACAUGGCCGCCAGCCUCCGCACUGACCUGAGCAGCUGGUACAGCAAGUGCAAGAGAGUAGAGCAGAAAUACAGAGUGGUGCUGGAGCAGAAGGGUUAUUUGGAGGAGCUGGUGCGUUUGAGAGAAGCUCAGCUCUCUGAGUCCGUCUCCCAGAAUAAAGCUCUACUACAGCGUUUCACAGAGGCCGACCUCAGUCACAAACUGGAGAAAGAACAGCUGGAGUUCAUCAUACUGGAGCUACAAGACCAACUAACUGUACUGAAGAACCACGACCUACGCUCCCGACAGGAGCUCACGUCUCACCUGACCAAUCAGUGGCCCUCUCCUGGAGCUCUGGACACCAACGCAGUUGCCUUGGACACACUCCUCUACCAGAAAUGCACUGGGCAGUGGGAAGAAAAAAGCUUUCCGAGUCUAGACCAGCUGUCCACUGACAUGAGCCUGUCUCAGUUAUCUCUGGACCCAGGACACACACAAACACGCAGUCUGGAUAGCAAAGCAGGACUCCCACACUGGCACAGAGAAGGUAAAGAGGACACUCCGUCUCUCAGAGGACUGUGUGGGUCUCUAACGUCAGUGGCCAGCUAUAAGUCUCUGGCCAGCCUGAAGUCCAGCGAGUAUUUGGCAAGUCCAACCACAGAUAUGACCAGCCCGGGGCUUACACCAUCAUAAACAGACUCAAGACUUCAAUCAUCACACACACACACACACACACACUCAUACGCUUACCUGUACAGUGUAAACAUCUAUACAUAAGGUAAUUGUGGUUAUUUAAUCAUAAACACCAAAAUACAGUAUUUAAAGGAUUACUCCAGUGUUUCUCAGCCUGCAUCAUGUGAUUAUUACCAUGGACAAUCAUUUCAACCCACUCCCUCAUACUUUAACAAGAACAGAAAAUCCACUGACCUUAAUGCAGUAAUGAUAGACGCAAGAAAAUACACCAGCCAGCCAUAACAUUAAAACCAGCAACUGUUAAAAUGAAUGGUAACACUUUACAAUAAGGCUACAUUAAUUAACAUUACUUACUUCAACUUAUUAUUAAUUGACACUAGUUAAGAUAUUCUUAACAAUUACAAAAUGUUUUAACUAAUGACUCAAAUCAUUAUUAUUUUACAACAUUCUUAAGCAUUAAAAUGUAGUAAUAUUUAAUUAAUGUCUUAGCGAGUAUCAGUUAAUAACUAGUCGAGACAUUGCUUACCCAUAAAACAAUGUUUAUUACUGUCAAAAGCACUGUUAUUUGUGACCCUUAUUGUAAAGUGUUACCAAAAAAUGAAUAGCAUUAAAGAUCUAGUUCAAUAAUCUGUUUAUAAUCAUAUUUCUACUGUAAUCUGUCUGCAGAUUUUUGGAUCAGAGGAGGGUCUCAAAUUUUGAUUAAAGAGAGAUGGAUUUUAGCUCAGUAAUUGUAUUUAACAGUGCAUAUAAACUCUUAAUCUGAGUAUUCUCAGAUUUCGUAGUCUGUGCAUAAGUAAAAACCGACCUUGCUAGCAGAAAUAGGUGAGUAGGGUUUAACACAGUACCUGUGAGAUGGAGAGAAAAACAUUCUCAUGUUGAAACUGAUGCAUUUAAAUAAUCUUCAUUUUCUACCUGAUGUUUGUUCAUAUUGCAUCUUAAUGAAGUUUGGGUUUUACCUGAUGUCUAAAGCCCUAUCCGGACAGGAUUAGUUUCUCAGUGGGUCCUGGGGUAUUUUUUUUUUCUUUUAUGGGGGUCCUCUGUGAUUUUAUUCUUGUCUGGAAAGAUCAUGUACGUGUUUUUCUCAGACGUCCUCUGAGAAAAUUACAGGCUAAAUUACCUACUGUUUUUCGCUGAACUACAUGGUCCUCCGGUAAUUUUAUUCCCGUCCAGACUGACAUCUGAGUUUCAUCACAUCACG